GCCAGGAAACGGAAAUCAGCUACCCUCUCCACACAUUCAUAUAUCCACAACCUGUGCUGCUGCUGUGAGUGACUAGCAGUUAAUUUGAUGUCACUUUAUUAUAAGACUUAAAAUGAGUGAUAUCAGCAAGUUUAUUUUGAAUUAAAGCAUUUCUGUCCUUAAGAUUUUCUGGCUAAAGCAGGUUAACAUUAUAGAAUAAGACACAUUAUAUCUAUUAUAUCAAAUUUGAUAAAAUGCCACUGCAACCUACCACUCAUAUGGACGCACACUCUUAGCGAAAUCACAAAACCACCCUCAAACACUAUGUCCACUGACCGGCACGGCUUCUCAAACAAUGUUUUGGUAUAUGAAAAAGAAAUACUACCCACAAAUGGCCACGCCACCUGGUUGUGAAGCUAGGAACUACAACAUGGCCUUCAGAAUAGCCGCCCCCAAACUUGCAGUUUGCAGUUUAAACCUCACAGUCAGAUAAGGCGGCUCACUGGUCGUAUGUACAUGCGGUCUUUCACCUUGACCUCUGCGGUCCUGAUCAAGCCAUCAGCUCCCGGGAAUACUCUGCUGAUCUCUCCAAUAGGCCAUGAGGCUCUGGGGAGUUGGGGAUCCACUAUCGUCACCACAGUACCCAACUGGAUAGGAGAAGUGCCACUUUUGCCACUUUGACCGAGUCUGUAAUGUAGGCAGGUAGUGACGUAUGAACUGUGUCCAGAAACGAUCGGAUAGCACUUGACAUUUCCUCCAAUGUCGCUGUCCAAUGAGCUCUGAGUCAUGUUAUAACACUUGGGGUAGCAAUAAACGUCAUCAGCAACAUAUUUGGGGUAAUGGGGUCUGAGUCGGCUAGAUCUGAUGAUACGUACUCCAAAGGUUUCAAAUUGAGCAUUCCCUCAAUCUCGAUCAGCACUGUUUGCAGGAUUUCUUCUAGUAAACCUGCGAGCCUAUUGUGGAUUUCAGGGCUGCUUUUAUGGAUCUGAUUUCCCGCUCCCAGGAUCCUCCAAAGUGGGGAGCACUGGGAGGAUUAAAUCGAAACGUGAUUUGAUGUUCUGCUAAUUGGGAUUACAAGGAGGGGUGUAGAGCAUUAAAGGAUUCCUGCAGCUCUUUCUCUCCUCUGCGAAAAUUAGUUUCUUGGUCGCAGAGUAUCUCAAUUGGUUUACCAUGACGAAAGACAAAUGUUCUUAAUGCCAUGAGAAAUGAGUCAGAACUGAGGAUAGACAGCACCUCAAUACGAAUGGCACGAGUUGUCAAGCAUUUGAAGAGCAGGUCCCAGCGUUUUUCAGUUCGCCGACCAACGUUCACUUGCAUUGGACCAAAACAGUCGAUUUGUGUUGAAAAGAAGGCUGGCUGGCUCAGUCGAAGGCGUGCAAUGGGAAGGUCUGCCACCUUUGGAUUGACAGGUUGCACUCGGGGCAACAGCACUGUUCACUCCUUAUGGCUUCACGGCUCCUAAGAAUCCAGUAUUUCCUUCUCAACUCGGCAAACAAUCCCUCUGCUCCUGGGUGCUUUAAAUCUCUGUCAGCCUGUCGAAUGAGUAUUUUAGUGACAGGAUGUUUUGGGUCCAAGACUACUGGAUGAGUCAGAGCAGGUACAAAAUCAGUCUGCCUCCUACUCUGAUGAAUUGGAGUGACUUGUCAUAUUCCAGAGCCAGGGUGACUAAACGACUGGACGGUGGACGGUGGUUCCCAGUGGUCAACCACUGGAUCUCAUCUGGGAGAUUGUCUCUUUGAGCAGAUUUCAGGAGAGUAAGUUCAGCCUCUUUGUAGUUCUCUGCUGUGAGGUUGUCACCAGUUGACCCCUGAAGGCAUUUGGCAGUUUCCUUUAAGAGGUCAUUAAAACCGGUAAAUUUCUGUGCAUCUGGGAGCAGACAGGGUUCAGAGGUUACAACCAAGCAAGUUGCUGAUACGCUGCUCCUCAGCAAAGUUGGUGCAUGGUGUAAUUGGAUGCUCCGGCCACUGGUCCUGCGGUAGCUGCAGAAAUGAUGGUCCACAUGCCCACUGGGACUGGGAUGUGAGGUCUUGCAGUCUUUUGCCCCUAGUUAGAUCAUCUGUGGGGUUGUCAGAUGUUGUCACAUACUGCCAAGCCCAGCUAUCUGUCAGUUCUUGGAUUUCAGCUAUUCGAGUUCCUACGAAUACCUUGAAGUGGCAGGAAUCUGACUGAAUCCAUGUUAGGAUGGUGGUGGAAUCCGUCCACAACACCACUUUGGAUAAUGGUAGGGUGAGCUCUUUGAACAGAAGAGUUGAAACUUUAUCUGCAUCAGCUGCUGCUUUUUACAAAUAUAUUUACACUGAGCAGCUAUGGUAAAGUCUUAUUUGUGGUCCAUUCACUGAUAAAAAAAAAACCAGCAGGCUAAGUCAGUUGUGAAAUCUUCUAGUUCCCGACACUAGCAGAUUUCCAGCAAGUGAAACUCGUCCCUAGGAGAGACAUUUCCUCUUUAUAGGGAGGGAAGUUACAAUCCUGCUUUGUAAAACAAUAUAAUGUCAUCUAUCUCCAUUUAUGUGUUUCUGUCAUGUCAUUUUGAUAUUCCUGUCAUUUUUCUCCAGAUGCGUUUUAACUGCAGAUGGGGCCUUAAAGUGAUUCCAUAUCUUGCUUUGUUGCUAAUUGUCCUCUAUUACUUCUGGAGCCCUUCAAACACCUUAGGAGUCAAUAUACAACCAAGACAAGGCAGUCGAAUCCAGAAACUGCUCAUUGAGAAAAGUCAAAGCAUCAUAACAGAUUACUGUGACAUUCCCUACAAGAUCAAAGAAAAUGUGGCAAGUCAUUUGUCUCAGAACGCAUGUGUGUGCCAGGCCGGAGAGGAAACCUUUCAUUUACCAUUCUCCAAUCUACUCUUCCCUCGUGUUUGGGCUCACAACCUCCAGGAGGCGUUCUUAGAAAUACAAUCUGAUCCUGAGAGUGUACAGCAACAGAGAGCAGAGGAGUACCACCAGUUUUUGAGAAGGUCCCAUACUGCAGCAGAUAUGCUCGUCAUUGCCGAGGCUGACAAUCCUCUUCAGUAUCCGACCCAAGGUGUGAAGGUGCAACCCCUCAAAACAAUCAUCAUCCCAGGUCUGGGUCUAAGGCUGGAAGGCAGAAGCAGCUAUAUGGUAAAUUUGACAGCCACAAUGGGGACUUUUGACGUUGCUGCCACAGUGGACAGGGUCUCUGUAAAAGGAAUGGGUGAAAAGCACAUUUCACUGUUGAGUCCAGCUCUCUACGCUCUGAACAGGCAGCUCCAGUUUGUCACAUAUACCAACACCAUAUUUCAUCCGAUGACAUCAGACCUAGUUCAGUUUGUGACUGAAGGCCACGAGUCAUUUUUCACCAUCAAGGUUGGACACAGAGUCAUUCCGAAACUUUACAACUCUGGACAAAGUAAAGGGUACAACAUUACCUCUCUGGUUACCAUCGCUACCAAGACCUUUUUGCGCUACGACAAGCUCAAAGAUCUCAUCGCCAGCAUAAGGGAGUUUUAUCCCACCAUCCUCAUAAUUAUAGCGGAUGAUAACGAACACACCCAACCAGUGACCGGCCCUCAUAUUGAGCAAUACAUUAUGCCAUUUGGAAAGGGUUGGUUUGCAGGAAGAAAUCUGGCAGUGUCUCAAGUGAUCACCAAGUAUGUGCUCUGGGUGGAUGAUGAUUUUAUCUUUACUGCAAAUACCAAGCUGGAAAAGAUGGUGGACAUCCUGGAGAAAACCACACUGGAUCUGGUUGGUGGUGCAGUGAGAGAGUUUACUGGUUACACUGCCACAUACCGUCACACCAUUUCAGUGGAAGAAGGCGGAAAGGAAGGCGACUGUUUAAAUAUGAGGAACGGAUUCUACCAUGCUGUAGAGGGAUUUCCCAACUGUGUAGUAGCAGACGCCGUCAUCAACUUCUUCAUGGCUCGAACUGACAAAGUUCGGCAAGUUGGCUUUGACCCGCGCCUGUCAAGAACAGGCCAUCUAGAGUUUUUUGUAGAUGCUCUGGGCACCAUGCACGUCGGCUCCUGCAGUGACGUCAUCAUUAACCAUGCGUCAAAGAUCAAGCUGCCAUGGACUAAAACAGAAACACAGAAGGCCUAUGAACAGUUCCGAUACUCUUCUAGAAAUACGGGUAUUAACCAUAAUGAGAUCUUUUACUUUAAGAACAGAUUCAAGUGCAUGACCAGUCAAUAAAAAUACACUUCCACUGGUUUCAUGAGAACAAAUAGUUGUUGCUCUUGGUUAAGAGAUAUUUUGUUUUUUCUGGUGACAACCAGAUUUUUUUUUUUUUUUUUUAAACAACCUGUUGUGAUGUUAACAAUCCAGCCUGUUCUUGUUGUUUGAAACAAUCCUCAUUUUUUGCAAUUUGUUUACUGUUUUCACAUGUUUUCUUUUGAAGUUUACAUUUGAAUUUGUAAGGUACAAUGCUGAUGCUAAUUGCACUGAGCUAGUAAUUUGAAUUUCAGAUCAGUUUUAACUUUGUGUUGUUAAUAUGUAUUUUUGUGUGUAAAUGGGCUAUUAUAAGUUGUCAGGAUGCAUUGAUCCUCCAGAGGAGGGAAUGUAUUUAAUUUGUACACAAAAAAAUGGAAAAAGAAAACGCUAAACU